UUUGUAUAGCCAGCCUCGAUUGAUUUAUCUGUAAGAAAAUAUAUAUACACACACGCAUAUUCAACAGAUUUUAGUCUAAAGAAACAUCAUGAGGAGCAAAAAAAGAUCAACGGCCCACUCACUCGUUACAGAAAAUAUCUCUCUAUAUUUAUAGAUUACAAGCUCGAACAAAGAUUGCAUACUAAAAUUUAGAACUAAAUUAAACCAAAUGGAACAUCUUUGCCUCUGUCUUGUCCUCUGCGCUGCGAUGCUAACACUUGGAAAAUUUCUCAAAAUUAUGUUCCAAGAUCGAAAGAAAUCAACAGCUGGUGUUCCUCCGGGAAGCGAUGGUUUUCCGGUGAUCGGAGAAACACUUCAGUUUAUGCUUUCUGUCAACAGCGGCAAAGGCUUCUACGAAUUCGUCCGUAGUCGCCGUAUCAGGUACGGUAGUUGCUUUAGGACAAGUUUGUUCGGAGAGACACACGUGUUCCUGUCUACGACCGAGUCAGCUCGGCUUGUUCUGAACAACGACUCAGGGAUGUUCACGAAACGGUACAUAAAGUCCAUAGGUGAGCUUGUAGGUGAUCGGAGCCUUCUAUGUGCUCCUCAACACCAUCACAAGAUUCUCCGUAGCCGUUUGAUCAACUUGUUCUCCAAAAGAUCGACGGCUCUGAUGGUUAGACACUUUGAUGAACUCGUCGUGGACGCUCUUGGUGGAUGGGAACACCGUGGUACGGUGGUCUUGCUCACAGAUUUGCUCCAGAUAACAUUCAAAGCAAUGUGUAAGAUGUUAGUAAGUCUAGAAAAGGAAGAAGAACUGGGUUCCAUGCAAAGAGAUGUGGGCUUUGUUUGUGAAGCCAUGCUCGCUUUUCCUCUCAAUUUACCUUGGACUAGAUUCCACAAGGGGAUCAUGGCAAGAGGAAGAGUUAUGGAGAUGUUAGAAAAGAUAAUUAGAGAACGGAGAAAUGAAAUAAAUAGUCAUAAUAAUCAUCAUGAAGAUUUUCUGCAGCAGCUUCUUGCAGUAGAUAACGACACUCCUCAGUUGACUGAUGCUGAGAUUAAGGACAAUAUUCUGACCAUGAUCAUUGCAGGACAGGACACGACUGCUAGUGCUCUGACAUGGAUGGUCAAGUACCUCGGAGAAAAUCAGAAGGUUUUGGAUAUUCUUAUUGAAGAACAAUCUCAGAUUACAAAGAAGGCAUCAAAUAAACCAUUUCUUGAACUAGAAGAUCUAAGUGAAAUGCCAUAUGCCUCAAAGAUGGUGAAAGAAUCUCUGAGAAUGGCGUCUGUUGUGCCUUGGUUCCCAAGAUUAGUCCUUCAAGACUGUGAAAUGGAAGGAUAUAAGAUCAAAAAAGGGUGGAAUAUAAAUAUUGACGCAAGAUCCAUUCAUCUUGAUCCUACUGUAUACAGUGAACCUCACAAGUUCAACCCUUUAAGGUUUGAGGUAAAUAAACCACAAUUUAAAGUAAAUAUAUUGAAAUUUACAGUUCCUUUAUUCAAAUGCUUUUGGUUUUACUUAAUUAACUUAAAUUAAAUAAAGGAGGAAGCAAAAGCAAACAGUUUUCUAGCAUUUGGGAUGGGAGGAAGAACAUGUCUUGGACUUGCUUUGGCCAAAGCCAUGAUGUUAGUGUUUCUCCACCGUUUUAUAACAACUUACAGAUGGGAAGUAGUAGAUGAAGAUCCAAGCAUUGAAAAGUGGACAUUGUUUGCAAGAUUGAAGAGUGGAUAUCCAAUUCGCGUGUCACGUAGAUUGUAAAUUCAUAUGUUUCAAAUUAGAUUUUAUAUCUCAAUAUGUGUUCCUACUUCCUAGAUGCGAUGAAUCAUAUCCAAAUGUGUAAUAUUUAAUGAAUGUAUUAAUUAAUAUUUAUGAGUAUAGUUUAAAAGGAACAAGUGAAAAAGAAAAAAUUAAGAUACCACAAGAAUAAAAGAGUCACCGAAGUUAAAAUUAAAAGCGUUAGAAAGCUACAAUAAUACUAGUAUAGAGAUCUUUUCCUGGCAAAUCAGAUAUUUCUAAUGAUAUAACCAGAUUCAGAAAAAUUAAUACAAACCCUAAUUCGAUAAAGCUAAGUACGAACCAGAAACUUUAGAGCCAGAGCCACCCUCGAGCCUACUGCCUAUGUUUACGACUACGAUGACCAUGGCGAUGACGAUGACGACCACUUCCAUCGUCACGAGAUCCUUUCCACUGAACGAUACCGUUUUGAGGCUCAUGGACACCAUUUUGCAACUGAGAAACGCCGCCGGUUUGCCAUUGUGGAACAUCACCGUUUUGCAACUGAAGAACGCCGCCGUUUUGCCAUUGUGGAACAUCGCUGUUUUGCAACUGAGAAACGCUGCCGUUUUGCCACCAAUGAGGAACGCCGCCGUUUUGCAACUGAGGAACGUCAUCGUUUUGCCACUGAGGAACGGCGCCGUGUUCCCAAUAGUGAACACGAUCAUCGACGCCGCUAGCUCGGUGAAUGUAGCCGUUUUCCAACUGAUCAUCGACGCCGCUAGCUCGGAUUAUAUGCAUCUUCUUCUGCUCCGAGACAAAAGUCUGUAUCGUCCUACGAAACUCCUCGCCGCUGCUUAAACCAUCCAUAGACUGCGACCUCCACGACCCCGUUUUCGUCACUCUCUCCGUUUCCGUCUUCCGAUACUCCACCAUCCUCUCCGUCAUCUUCUUCUCCGAUCUGCUCGUCCUCCUGUAACUCUUCGAACUCAUCUCCACCACUUCUUGAUCGUAACUAUAACUACUCUCCUCAACCGCCUUAACCGCUUGAAACGCGGGUACAUUCUCUCUGUAAGUCGAGUUAUUGUAAUAUCCAACAUCUUCAAACUUUGACAUAUUAUAGGAAUCGAACGGCGUGACGGUGGAGGGUGGAGGGACGGCGGCUACAUAUUGAUCGUAAAGAUCUGGUUCCUUUUUUUCCGUGGUUUGGAUUUUGCUAAAGAUAACGUAAAUCAGGAAGAUGAUAAUGCUUACGACGACGGAAAGGAAGAAAAGGUUUCUUAGAACCAAAGUAAACCAAUCGAACCAAAUGAAAAACCCGUGCAGUUGGUUGACGAUCACCGGUAAACAACAGUAACCGAAGGCUACGACGGCGGACAAUCCAACGGUGUAUUUACAAUUCUGGAACAGAUUCUCGUAUGUCCAACUCGCCUCUGCUUUCUCUGCCUCCAUUUUUUUUUAUAUAUUGAAAUUGUUGAGAUUUAUUAUGGUGUAUUUUAGUAUUUAUAGAUAUGUAUGUGAAAAUGUUAGAAAGAAAUCUAUAGAAUAUGUUGCGAGAAAAUGAAACGGGCAAGUGAAUAUAUAUGAUAAAUGUUCUUGGGAUGUUAAUCGGAUUAAUGAAAGGAAAGAUGGGAGAAAGAAAAUAUUCUGGUUGGAGAAAGAGACACAC